AUGUCCGUGGCCAUGGAGGCCAUUCAUGACUUCUACUUCAAGGAUAACUUCUUCACCAGUGGCGUGGCGGGGGCCUGCCGAAAAGGUAACAGCACGCGCACCAUCCCGACCGCCAGGGCGGCCGUGGGUCAGGACGCCGUCUUUGUGUCGUUGCGAGGCAUCCCUCCCUACCUCUACCGCCCCUUCUUCGCCGACUUCGGUCCGCUGGACAUGAGCUGCUGCGUGCACUUCGCGCGGCGCCUCUGUGAGCUGCUGCGGGUGGUGACGGGAUUCGACGUGCACGUCUCCCCCGCAUCCGCUGCUGCUGCAGGAACCUUUGCCAAUGGCACGAACUCGGGGACCGCUGCCCCUGCACACAGAAAGCGGGACGGAAGAGGACAGCCCGUGUCGGCGCCGUCUUACUCCCCGAGCUCCGCCUCGGCGGUCUCCACGGUCUCCCCCGGUUGUCCCCCGGCGACCACGCUGCCAGUGGUGGUGUGCGCCAGCCUCGACGCACAGGAGCGCGUGAACAUGGCGUGCCUGGUCGGUGCCUUCUGCGUGUUGUGCCUCGGCUGGUCGGCCGUGGCGACGUGGUAUCGCGGCUUCGCUGACAUCUACCCCGGCUUUCUCGCCUACCGCGACGCGAGCCAAGGCGUGUCGAACUAUCCUCUCUCCUUGAUUGACGUGUGGGCCGGGCUCGAGCAGGGUGUGGCCCUCGGGCUAGUCAACGUGCACACAUUCGACAUUCCAGCCUUCUUGGAAGGCAAGCAGCACGACUACAGCUGGGUGGUCCCUCGUCGAUUCCUGGCCAUGAGCUCCCCGCAAGACGACAAGUCCGCGCGCACCGCUGAGGUGUUCGCACGGCGGCUGCGCCCGCUAGGUGUGCGGCUUGUGGUGCGCCUGAACGACAACCUCUACAACCCGUCGCCUCUGCUGCGGCUGGGCAUACGACACGUUGACCUGCCAUACGCCGACGGCAGCGUGCCGUGCGACGCGAUGCUGCUGCGAUUCCUGCAGGCGGUAGAGGAGCACUUCGGUGAAUCAGUCGCGCCGGUCUCGCUGCAAGAGUGGUGGUCGGUGCCAUCGUCGACCACCGCGACGGCGCGAGCGGGCAGCGCAUCCAAGAAAGCUUCCUCAGGUGGCGCUAGUCACCGGAGGCGGGCGCUGCAGCCAUGCUCAUUCAUGCACUCGGGCACGUGUCGCGGCAUGCCGGAGGCGUGGACGGCAGCUCCCCCAUCGGCGCCGCCCUCACACGCUCGGCGUCUGGACUCCGUCCACGCGAACGGCACGCAGGGCCACGGCACCUGCACCUUGGCGCCAGGUGACAAGGGUGCUGUAGCGGUGCACUGCCUCGCUGGCCUGGGCCGCACAGGCACCAUGCUUGCCGUAUACAUGAUGCGUCACUACGGCUUCACCGCGCGCGCCGUGAUUGGGUGGAUGCGGCUUUGCCGGCCAGGCAGCAUCACCGGCAUUCAGCAGCAGUACCUUGACGCGAUGGAGCGACGUCUGCGGCCGCCGCCGCACAUGCUGGCCGCGCUGCAGCUGAACUCGGCAGCCAAGCUGUACAGCGCUGCCAGCGGAGAGAGGCAAUUUGAGCUCUCGUCGCGACGCACACGCUCGUCAUCCUUGUCCGCUACCUCCUCCACGUCCGCACUGCCAAACGCGGCAGCCGCAGCGCAGGCGACGCGCGGACGGGGCGGAGCGGCGGCGACGGGCAGAAACCAGCUCGACGCUUCACCGCAGCCUCCCCUGGGAAACGCAACAACGGGCUGCAUGCGCUCGACCGCUGCCGUGACCGCCUUUCAGACACACGGCAGCGUCGUCGCGGAUGCGCGGCCGGCGACGGCGACGAGUAUUGUGGGCGGCCACAUUAGGCACGGUGAUAGUGGCCGCACGAACGCGAUGGCUGCUCGACCAGCGUCAGACGUCACCAGCGACAUCGGCACAUUCACGGACUUGGCGACGUGGACUGAUCUCGCGGGACUGCGUGGGGCGCAGCAACAGCGGCAGCAGCUGCUGAUGCGCCGCUUCAGCAACAGCAGCAGCGCCACCCUUUCUCUCAGCACAAUCCAGGCAGGUGGGGAAGCGCUCGAUGCAGUUGCACGUAUGCCCGUCCUUGGAGACGACAGUCCGCAGAACAGGAGCGCAGCCAUGGCGUCACUGAAGCGCGGUUCUGCCGCUGCUGCCGCCAGCGACCACAAGGCUUACAUGCACCCGUCGCCUCGCGUGGAUGACUGCAAGUACGCCUCGACGUACUUCGUGGCGAUGGAGCGGGCGGGUGAGCUGCCGCACGUAUACCCUUGGUCUACCACCUCCACUGCCAGAGGCGGGCCACGGGCAUCCCACGGCGGUGGUCCGCGACCUGCUACCGCCAACACCUUUUGUGAAACGGCACCGCGAGGGGUGCGCCAUCUCAGCUACCCCCGCUCAAGCGAAUGUAGCAUCGGAAGCGAUGCAAGCCGAAGGAAGGAGACACGCACAGCGCCAGCGUCGGCGGACAGCUGCCUCCGCCCCCGCAAAGGUCCCACCAGCGCGCUGCAGCGACGGCGGCCCUACACGGCGGCGGCAGCGGUAAGCGUAGGGCCUCAGCUGCACGCGAAGCGACAUCCGACCCAUUAUGAGCGCGGCGGCGCCGCCGACCACAGUGAGACAGACACCCACGCAUCAGGUGACACGCCGCCGUGUUCUGACCUCUCCGAAAAGACGCAGCAGUCUCCUCGCCCCCGCCAGACAGCAACACGCACGCGAGUCAGGUGGGAUGACAAGGGCGCUUGUCGCGCAAACCUCGACAAUGCAAGGGCUGGCGACACCGCAGCUGCAGAUCUCUGCGUUGACGUCAGGCUGCAAACGUCGCAUCCACCAUCGGCGCCGAUGCGUUCAUCUCUCCUUUGGAGCAAUGGCGGUGUGACAGAACUGGAGGUUGGGCCGCGGUCGCCGCUGGUGCUGAGCCGCUCACCACUGGCAAUCCCUGCAACAUCGCUGCCCAUGUGGGGCCGUCCUGUGCUUCGCACAUGA